GUGGACGAGAACAGCUACUCCGUCCUGCGUUGUGAGGGCACCUCCGUCACCCUCCCCAAGCUGUCCCCUGCCACCGCCUACGUGGUGCGGGUCCAAGCGCUCACCCUGGACGGCCACGGGGCCUACAGCCCCCAGCACGAGUUCGAGACCCUGCCUGAAGGCACCGAGGCCAUGGCGUCCGCCGCCGUCAUCAGUGGCUCUGUCACUGGUGUCUUCUUCGUCCUCCUCCUCUUGGCCGCUCUCAUCUAUGUCCUCCGGCGGAGGAGAAGGUCACGGCCACGCCACUCCACUGAGGACGUCUACUUCUCCAAGUCCGACCAGCUGAAGCCCCUCAAGACCUACGUUGACCCUCACACCUACGAAGACCCCAACCAGGCCAUGCUCAAGUUCACCACUGAGAUCCCUCCAUCCUCCAUCACCCGCCAGAAGGUCAUCGGCGCCGGUGAGUUUGGGGAGGUCUACAAGGGCACCCUAAAGCGUGGUAGGAAGGAGGUGCCAGUGGCCAUCAAGACCUUGAAGGUGGGCUACACGGAGAAGCAACGGGUGGACUUUUUGAGCGAAGCCACCAUCAUGGGCCAGUUCUGCCACCACAACAUCAUCCGCCUGGAAGGGGUCGUCUCCAAGUACAAACCCUUCAUGAUCAUCACGGAGUACAUGGAGAACGGCGCCCUGGAUAAAUUCCUGCGGGAAAAAGAAGGAGAAUUUGGCGUCAUCCAGCUGGUGGGGAUGUUGAGGGGCAUCGCCGCCGGCAUGAAGUACUUGGCCAACAUGAAUUACGUCCACCGGGAUCUGGCAGCCCGGAACAUCUUGGUGAACAGCAACUUGGUGUGCAAAGUGUCCGAUUUUGGGCUUUCAAGGGUGUUGGAAGAUGACCCUGAUGCCACCUACACCACCAGCGGUGGGAAGAUCCCCAUCCGCUGGACGGCGCCCGAAGCCAUCUCCUACCGCAAGUUCACCUCCGCCAGCGACGUCUGGAGCUACGGCAUCGUCAUGUGGGAGGUGAUGUCCUACGGCGAGCGCCCGUACUGGGAGCUCUCAAACCACGAGGUGAUGAAGGCCAUCAACGAGGGCUUCCGCCUCCCCGCCCCCCUGGAUUGUCCCUCCGCCAUCUACCAGCUGAUGAUGCAAUGCUGGCAGCAGGAGCGCAGCCGGCGCCCCAAGUUCGCCGACAUCGUCAGCAUCCUCGACAAGCUGGUCCGCGCCCCCGACUCCCUCAAGGCCUUGGCGGACUUCGACCCCCGGGUCUCCAUCCGCCUGCCCAGCACCAGUGGCUCGGAGGGUGUCCCUUUCCGCUCCGUCCCCGAGUGGCUGGAGUCCAUCCGGAUGCCUCAGUACACGGAACACUUCAUGGCCUCGGGCUACAGCACCAUCGAGAAGGUCCUGCAGAUGACCAGCGACGAUAUCAAGAAAAUCGGGGUGCGUUUGCCGGGGCACCAGAAGCGCAUCGCCUACAGCCUGCUGGGGCUGCAGGAGCAGGCGGGCGCCGGGGGGGUCCCCCUCUGA